AUGCUUCGAGUUGGUCUGCUCGUGAUCGCCAGUUUGGCCCUGGGUACUACCCAGGACGUGGAUAGUGAUUUCCGGAUUAUUGGCGGGAAGCCGAUGAAUAUCAACACGGUUCCCUAUCAAGUGUCGGUUAUAGUUCAGUAUGGAACGUACCUGAUUCACACCUGUGGUGGAUCAAUUCUGGACGAGGACACCAUCCUUACAGCGGCGCACUGUGUAACUUUAAGCACACGGUACUUUAUCCGCGCCGGGUCGACCAACAAUCGAUACGGCGGACAGUUCGUUGAGGUGUCGGAGAUCAUCGUCCACCCCGAUAAUGACCCCAGUACCUUCGACUACGAUGUCUGCAUUCUGAAGCUGAAAAGGAAGCUCGAUUUCGGAGCGCUUGUCAAGCCAAUCAAACUUGCGGAUUCGGAGAAAUACUACAAAACGGGUACGAAAUCUCUCGUGUCCGGUUGGGGUGCUCUGCAGAACGAGGGAUCCAUCACGGACAAGCUGCAGGCGGUUUCGAUUCCGCUCGUGGACCAUAAGGUGUGCAAGGAAAUAUACUCGGAAAUCAACGACGUAACCGACCGGAUGUUCUGCGCUGGCCUGCUGGGCGUUGGAGGUCGUGAUUCUUGCCAGGGUGAUUCCGGUGGUCCGUUGGCCGCGGAUGGUGUGCUGAUUGGGGUGGUAUCUUGGGGUAAUGAGUGCGCCGCACCGGACUAUCCGGGAGUGUACGCUAAUGUGUUGGCCCUCAAGACUUGGGUCGAAUCGAAAAUGGGAUAG